CUUUGAUUACAUCUACACUUUCUAUCGAACCUUUUCAAUUUUCAUCAUGAUACCUCAAUCAACAACUCAUUUAAUCAAAUUGGCUUCUGUCUUUUUCUUUUUACCUCUUUCUCAGGUCAUGGCAAACGAAUCGAGCAAAGUUACGAAUCAAAGCAAAUCUUUGUACCAUCAACCUUUACAUCACAUCAUUGUCGGAGGUUAUGCUAGUGUAAUCACUACUCUUCAAUACGAUGAAAGUACUCAAAAGCUUUCAAAAAUCGGGGUUUUUAACAAUUCUUUGGUUGGAACAUCUCCAUCUUGGAUGGAAGUCAGUUCAGAUGGAAAAAUCCUUCAUAUCUCCAAUGAAGUAGCUGAAGUAGAUGGUCAAAAUAAUACAGGAAGUAUAAGUUGUUAUCGGAUCAUCAAAAAUACUCAUUCAGGAUCAGAUUCGAAUUCAUCCAUCAGUUUUGAACCUAUCAAUCAAGCUUUCACAAGUUCAGAUCCAGUUGCAUUUGAUAUAUCACCUGAUCGAAAAAAUAUGAUCGUAGCUUCAUAUACAGGUGCUACGGCCUCUCGAUAUGAAUUAAAUGAAGACCAAUCAUUUAAAUAUAACAAGAGUGUUCAGGCUUAUAGUUAUAAUGCUACAGGUCCUAACAUCGCUAGACAAUUACAAUCUUACAUUCAUCAAGCUCGUUACGAUCCUACCGGCAGAAUUGCGACUUUCACAGACUUAGGUGGAGAUCGAGUUUAUAUUCAUUCAGUAGAUAACAAAACUGGUGAACUAAACCCAAUCGAUACGAUCCAACUGAAAGCAGGUACUGGACCCAGACAUUUGACUUUCUUCGUGGUGAACGAAACUCGAACAGACGUAUACCUAAUCUGUGAAUUAUCCAACGAAUUGAUCUACAUUCAAUUCAAUUCGAUUUCCAACCCAAGUUUUUCGACCGAACUCAAACAAAUCCUACCAACUUUACCAUCCACGAUCUAUAACCAAACCACCUUUGGAGCCGGAGAAGUAGCCAUCACCAAUGAUGGUCAAUUCGUUUAUGGAACAAACCGACAAACAGAUUUCAAUAAAUCUAAAGACGAUAAUAGUAUAGUCUUAUUCAAAAGAGACAAACUUACUGGUUUGCUUUCUGAAAGACCUAUACUCUUUCCACUUUCUCAUACAGGCUUCACCCCACGUCAUUGUUCUUUUAGUAAAGAUCUCCAUCAAAGGUUUUUGGUCGUUGUGGGUCAACAAGAUCAUUUGGUUGGGAUCUAUGAACGGGAUGUCUUGAAUGGUCAGAUUAAGUUUUUAGAUAUGAUUUCUAUUGAUGAACCUGCAUAUGUGGAAUUCUUGUAAUCUUUUUUUUUAUCUUUGGUUGGAUUCUUUUUUUUUGUAUUGCAUCUUAAUUUUUAUUUUUUUGGGAGGGUUUUUUGUCUUGUUAUGCAAUUGAAACAGGUUCUAUACCUCUAUUUGUGUUAG